ACGAUCCAUUUGAAGAAAGACGUCGGACCUUCGUCCCUCAGCUAGUCACCUCCUUACACCCCCCUUUCUUAUCCCUCCAGUUCGAGUGUUAAUUGGGCUUUUUCCGUAUUUGGGUGGCUUGCAUGCCGCUGCUGCUGGUGCUGGCAGACGUCAUUCGGCGCGUUUUCCCUUCCCCUCCCCUUCCCUCGCCUCCAGCCUUUGCCUGGGAACGAACUGAAGAGGCCACUUCAGAGCUCCUUUUCCUAGUCCUGCGGCAGCCCGGAGAAGAAGAAACGAGAGCUCCGGUGCCUCGAUUGCCGGGCCAGGCGCGGGAAACGUUCGCUUCUUGCUCCGGCGGCCCUUGCUGUGUACAGCUUUGAUUUGAGAAGAACCACCUUGGGAGGCAGCGCGGUGGACUUGGCCCAGUUCUCUAGCGGCAGGCAGGCAAGACCCCUCCGGCUUGCUCGUGCCCUUGCGGUACAGAGAGAAUCAACAGAACUCUCGCCUACCACCGCCAGCCGCUGCCUUUAGGAAAAUCGACACCCCCCCCUCAGCUUCUCUCCCAGGAAAAUGGAUUCCCUUUUAAAGUGACUCUCCCGUGGGCUGCGGAGGGGCAGGCUUGGAGCUGGGCCGAGUUGAGUGGCUCUCCUUGCCAGCAAAGGGGUGUGUGUGUGUCGCGCACAGGACAGACCAGUUUGGCCCGGAGGGGGUCUAAAAUAAACACAGCAAGUACACACGUGUUAAGGGGUGGGAGGUGGAGAGAAAGGAACCCAGAAUCCUCUCAGCCUGGCUUCCAGAAGAGCGAAUAUUCUCCUCGAUCCGAUUCAGGGGCAACGCCAACGCUUUUGGGGGUGGGGAUAAUUACCCCCCCCGGCAUUCGCUCUAACUCCUGUUUCUUUGCUUCGAUCCCUUAGCUUGGUGCUGAUCUCCUGGAUCAAGGAUCCAUUUGACCCGAAUUAGGGUGGUGAGGCGGAAGAGAUCCCCCUCCCCCAAUCGCAACCUAUUUCUUUGACCUUGAUUUGAAGGCUGCGCUUUUGCCACCACGGGAGGGGGAAGAAUUAAGCCCUAAGGAAGACUCUCCGAUGUUCUCGGAGACCGAAGACCAUCUCGCCUGUCCAAGGCAGCCGACAUCCCCGCCGCUUUAAAGGGUUUGUUGUUCUCUUCCCGGCGUGAGAGACGCAAGAGUUAAGCCGUCGCCACCGCGCCGCCCUCCACCGGACUCUGGGGCCGGUUCUGCCCCUCGGAAAGCAGCCCCCGCGGAGUCAAAGUCCAUGCUCGUGGCCACCCAGCAGCCUCGCGGGGUCUACUAUGCCAGUGCCAUCCUCCUCGUUGCCUUGCAAGAGCCGCGAUGAAGGAGAAGUCCAAAAAUGCCGCGAAAACGCGGAGGGAAAAGGAAAAUGGCGAGUUCUAUGAGCUGGCCAAGCUGCUGCCUUUGCCCUCGGCCAUCACCUCCCAGCUGGACAAGGCGUCCAUCAUCCGCCUCACCACCAGCUACCUCAAAAUGAGAGCUGUCUUCCCGGAAGGUUUGGGAGAUGCCUGGGGACAGCCGAGCAGAUUGGGCCCCUUGGAUAAUGUCGCGAAGGAGCUGGGCUCGCAUUUGCUUCAGACUCUGGAUGGGUUUGUUUUUGUGGUAGCAUCUGAUGGCAAAAUAAUGUAUAUCUCAGAAACAGCUUCUGUUCAUCUAGGUUUAUCCCAGGUGGAACUCACAGGUAAUAGCAUUUAUGAAUAUAUACAUCCAUCAGACCAUGAUGAAAUGACAGCAGUCCUAACAGCUCACCAGCCUCUUCACCCUCAUCUCUUACAAGAGUAUGAAAUAGAGAGAUCUUUUUUCCUGCGAAUGAAGUGUGUCUUGGCCAAACGGAAUGCAGGACUAACAUGUAGUGGUUACAAGGUUAUCCACUGCAGUGGCUAUUUGAAGAUACGGCAGUACAUGUUGGAUAUGUCUUUGUAUGAUACCUGUUACCAAAUUGUGGGCCUGGUUGCUGUAGGUCAGUCAUUACCUCCCAGUGCAAUCACUGAGAUCAAACUUCAUAGUAAUAUGUUUAUGUUCAGAGCAAGCCUGGACUUAAAACUAAUAUUUCUAGAUUCCAGAGUUACUGAAUUAACUGGAUAUGAGCCACAGGACCUGAUAGAGAAAACUCUCUACCACCACGUGCAUGGAUGUGAUGUAUUUCAUUUACGAUAUGCUCACCAUCUCUUGUUGGUGAAAGGACAAGUCACAACCAAGUACUAUCGGUUGCUGUCCAAGAACGGUGGCUGGGUUUGGGUCCAGAGUUAUGCCACCAUUGUACACAAUAGCCGCUCAUCACGACCUCACUGCAUAGUGAGUGUUAAUUAUGUCCUAACAGACAUAGAAUAUAAGGAACUUCCAUUAUCAUUGGACCAGGUCACCAUUUCUAAAUCACAGUUUUCAUGCAGAAACUCAGUGUCUACCUCACAAGAAACAAGAAAAGCAACAAAACCUAGAAGUAAUAAAAUGAAGACAAAAUUCAGAACACCACCAUAUCCACAGCAGCAGUACAGCUCCUUCCAGACAGACAAACUGGAAUGUGGCCAGGUUGGAAGCUGGAGAUCCAACUCCACAGCAAAUUCUGCCACCAUUCAAGAACAAACCUUCCAUUCAGAAAACAGCGAACUUUUGUAUACCCCACCGUACAGCUUACCUUUUUCAUACCAUUAUGGACACUUCCCUGUAGACCCUCAUGUAUUCAGUAGCAAAAAACAAAUGCUGCCUUCUAAAUUUGGGCAGUCUCAAGGAACACCUUGCGAAGUAGCUCGAUUUUUCUUAAGUACAUUGCAGACAAGUGGAGAGUGCCAAUGGCACUAUGCCAAUUCUCUUGUUCCAGGCAGCCAGUCACCAUCUAAAAGUCCUUCUGAUCAGUCAGCAAGCAGUGUACGCCAUAAUCUCUUACAGGGCUAUGAAGUGCCACUACCAAAUAGAAGAUACAGCCAAGAAGGUACAUCUGACAGUUUUGCAAGCUGUGGCACCCUCGCAUCAAACAGCCGAUAUAAAGAAGAGAGCUAUGAUUCAAGCAUUAUUAAGCACAGCAAAAUGGAAAGCAGGCUAUAUCCAGCACAUCAUCUCAUUAAAGAAGAGAAUAAGCUAAUUUUCAACAGAGGCUUACAAGAAAAAAUUAACAUUAGUGAAAAGCCCUUUUCGAACUCUUUAGCUAACUCCUUUUUGUCAAAAUCAGAAUGUUUCCAAGCAAAAUCUAUUGGACAGUUAAGCCAUCUUCUCCCAGUUCCAACAGUAUAUGAACAAACAAGAAGAAUUUGUAUGAAAGAACCAAAAUAUGAGCACACUGCCCAUCAUGCCACAAAUCUAGGUGAACAGGAAACUGAUGACAGACUGACAGGAAAGUUUGACCAUGACUCUGAAAAUGAUCACACGAUGGAUGUUAGGCAUGCAGGGCAAGUUCCAUUUGUACUUCUGAACUACCACCGGGUUUUAGCCAAGCAUGGCACAUUUCAAACCUCUUCAUGUACUGCCACAGGACAUGUAGCAGAAAAUUAUGGACACAGUUCUGAAGAAGUAAAUAUGUUUUACAAAAGCCAAAGUCCCUCAUCUGCCUCUUCCCCUGAGAUUCACAAAGAGCCUGCACUUCCCCAGUAUAUUGGAACUUCUGUCAUAAUAGCCAAUGGAAGGUGACAGUACUAGAAAGCUGUGGGUUUUUUUAAAAUUUAAAAAAUAAGGCAAACUGGAAUAGUUCCCCAAAAGCAUGAGAAUACAUGGUUGCACUUAGCGAGUAUGGUUUAAGAUCAGUGAGACAGAAACUUGCAUGCAUUCUUGGCAAACUAUGUGUUCCAGAACCUUCAAGAUCAGGAAAAAAAUCUAGCUUCAGUGCUUUGUUAUCAAGUAAUCUUUGCAGUUGACUCUGCAAGUUAGAAGCCAUGUAACAGAUCAUAUUUUUGUCAUUUUUACAGUGUACAAGUUAAAUUAUAAGAGUUUAUGUGCUGGUACAAAUAGUUACUUAAAUACAAUUCCACAAUUAUUUGAAAGCUGUAGAUCACUUGACAACUCAACAGUCUAGUAGGAGACAGUAAUUACCAGUUACUUGUGACAGUCUCUGUUAAACUGCUUUCAAAUGCAUUACCUUGGGAACGUGUGUUUAGGUUUUAAUCCCUGAAAUUAAACCAUUAAUUUUGAUUAAUCUGGCUUUGAUAUAUUUUACCAAGGCAGUCAAGAAUUGCUAGGCUGCAUGACUACUAUGCAUCUUUAGACAAUGAAAAUCAGCUAGCCCAAUAAGCUUGGAAAUACCUACCAAAGAACUGAUGAUAGUUAUACUGCAGGAAAAAAAUCAAAGCAUCUCUUUGAAAAUAAUAUGAAACAUAAUUUUAACCAAAAUUGUAUUUGUUGCCAGCCAAGAAGGCAGUGAAGCUGUGCCCUCUUCAUUUUACUCCGGCAAUGAGACUUGGAAUCUUUUCAGUUUCAACAUAUUUUCUGUUUAGCAGGUUUAUAUUUUUAGCCCAGCAAGUUAUAGCACUUUUUUGGUUAAGAUAUAAUAAAAUGCAUUCAGCUCUAAUUAUUAGAUGAGAAUUCUCAGGCACUUAAAUUUAAUUUUGCAUUUUUAGUAGGGCGCAUAGUAUAUUGAUUUUUGCCUUUGUAAUGUUGAAUCUGGAAAGUAAGAGAACCCAUAUACUUGCAAAGAUUUUAUACCAUAAAUAUAUAGCUACUACUCUGUUCCAGACCUCUUUGGGUGCUCUAAUAAAAUCAAAGCAAUAGCACAAAAGAAUACACAUGCAGAACUGCUCCCACUAUUGAAUUAAAUGGGGAAGCCCUUGUAUACAUGUGGUGGUACAUAUAUCCAUUAGGGUUCUUUUGCACACAGGGAGCUACUGGAAUGUGGUGGUUGUCAUCUCAGCAUAACUAAUGAACCACACAUCACCUUACUCUUGAUAAUAUGACAAAAGGCUCCCUAAUAUGUAAAAGUAUAUGUAUAAUACAUGUUAGCAUUCAAGAUGAUUUAACACUGGAGUAUAUUUUAAUUUGCAUUGACUAGCUCUUAGCUUUGCUGAAGGCUGAGCUAAUUAAAAAGCUUCUAAAACGAACUUUCAUUAGGGGCAUGGAGGAAGGUCUGUGCCCCAGAACAUAAAUGACAGUUUUGCCAUUGUCUUGAGCGCAGACAGAACCAAUUUAAGAAUUUUUCUCCAGAAAAUUACAUCGAAUGUAUCUUGUGCAAUAUGGAAAACAAUUACAUUGAUUGCAUCUUUCCAAGUGUCAAAUUGCAAGCUAAUAAAAUAUACAGUUUCUUAAAACAUUUUUUCCUGCAUUUAGAUAUAGCAAUACAAUCCAUUACCUUGUCUAGUUUUAUAAGUAUUUGUUAUUACAAGGAAAUAAACUUUUUAAAAGUAA